AUUUAAAACUUGGAAGCAACAACAUCCUACCUUGUCCCUCUUUCAUUCUAAUUCUGCUUUUCGCCAUAUACAUACCAACACGUUUUCUUGCUCCUUCAGAAAAACUAUGCUAUACGUUACCAACUUCUAAUAUUUGUUGAACCUGUGAUUCACUGAACUUGAGUGGUACUUCAGUGUAGUGUUUCUUUGAGGUGACUUCAAUUUAUCGCAGACGACAGAAACAAUGGCCAUGCAAGGUUGUUAUUGUCAUCAUCAUGUGAAGUUGGUGACUCAAAGAAGAACACUAGACAGUCUAAGUUUUUCAGGCUCAAUUUCGGUCAAUAAAUUGUCAAAGAACAUUAGGACAACGACGUGUGAUCCAUCAAAGAACAAUCCGUUUCCAAAGUUUUUGGUCGUGAGAAUGCGACAGACAGAGUUGCCUUUGCCUGUCUCAAAGAACGGAGCAGCAAAUGGUAGAGCUGUUAAAAUGGUACCAACAACCGAGCUAGUGAACAGAAAAACAAUGUCAGCGAAUAAGGUGGAGAAGACAGUGAACGGUUCAGCUUCAAAGGUUAAUCGGGCAAGUCCAGUGAGAAAAAAACCUAUGCCAGGCAUGACCAAGACAGUGAAGUCUAGAACCAGAACAUCUAGAGAACUUCCAUCGUUAGAAGAGCUAAAGGUUUUACCUUCAGAUGAAGGUUUCAGUUGGGCCAAUGAACAUUACAGCUCCUGGCAGAGGUCUAUUGAUGUUUGGUCUUUUGUUGUUUCUUUCAGAAUUCGGAUUCUGUUGGACAACUCAAAAUGGGCAUAUCUGAGAGGCUUCACAGAAGCAAAACAGAAAAUCAGAAGGAGGAAAACUGCCUCAUGGUUAAGGGAGUCCGUAUUGCAGCUUGGUCCAACUUUCAUUAAACUUGGUCAGUUAUCAUCAACAAGAUCAGAUCUAUUUCCACGUGAAUUUGUGGAUGAGCUCGCAAAAUUGCAGGACAUGGUUCCUGCAUUCUCUCCUAAGAAAGCAAGAAAAUUUAUUGAGAGUGAAUUAGGAGCUCCCAUUGACAUGUUAUUUAAAGGGUUUGAAGAUCGACCAAUUGCUGCUGCUAGUCUCGGUCAGGUUCAUCGUGCUAUUCUGCAUAAUGGAGAAAAGGUAGUGGUCAAAGUUCAAAGGCCAGGUCUGAAGAAGCUUUUCGACAUUGAUUUGAAAAACUUAAAGCUGAUCGCAGAGUAUUUCCAGAGAAAUGAAGCUUUUGGGGGUCCACUUAGAGAUUGGAUUGGAAUAUACGAAGAAUGUGCAACUAUUCUGUAUCAAGAAAUUGAUUACAUAAAUGAAGGAAAGAAUGCUGACAGGUUCCGAAGAGAUUUUAGAAACAUAAAGUGGGUUCGAAUACCGUUGGUGUAUUGGGAUUACACUGCCUUAAAGGUGUUGACCAUGGAGUAUGUACCAGGUAUCAAAAUAGACCAGGUGGAUACAUUAACUUCUCGUGGCUAUGAUCGAUUACGAAUCUCAUCACGUGCUACUGAGGCGUACCUGAUUCAGAUUUUGAGAACAGGUUUCUUUCAUGCGGAUCCUCACCCUGGAAAUCUUGCGAUUGAUGUGGACGAAGCAAUUAUUUAUUAUGACUUUGGCAUGAUGGGAGAGAUCAAAUCUUUUACCAGAGAGAGACUCCUUGAACUUUUCUAUGCCAUGUAUGAAAAGGAUGCCAAAAAGGUUAUGCAACGCCUUAUAGAACUGGGAGCACUUCAACCUACUGGGGAUCUGUCUUCAGUGAGAAGAUCUGUACAGUUUUUCCUUGACCAUUUGCAAAGCCAGGCACCAGAUCAGCAACAAACUCUUUCUGCAAUUGGGGAGGAUUUAUUUGCAAUAGCACAAGACCAGCCCUUCCGUUUUCCAUCCACCUUUGCCUUUGUUCUCAGGGCUUUUUCAACCCUUGAAGGCAUAGGUUACACACUCAAUCCAAAUUUCUCCUUUGCAAGGAUUGCUGCACCCUAUGCACAGGAACUUUUAGAUAUGAGACAAAAGCAGAUUACACCACCACAGCUUGUGGAGGAGAUAAGAAAGCAAGCAGAUGAUGCUAGAUCCUAUACCAUGUCAAUGCCAUACAGAGUUCAAAGAAUAGAAGAGUUUACAAAGCAACUUGAAGCAGGUGAUCUAAAACUUCGAGUCCGAGUUCUCGAGUCUGAAAGAGCUGCAAAGAAAGCAACAACUUUACAAAUGGCAACCAUGUAUACAGUAUUAGGAGGAACUCUGUUAAACCUUGGUAUCACUAUGAGCAACCAAGGAAAUGUAGCUAUGGGAAAUGGAUCUUUCAUUGCUGCAGGUAUUUUUAUGACACUGUUUGUCAGAUCCAUGCAAAGGGUAAAGAUGCUUGAUAAGUUUGAAAAAAUGAUAUAACUGCUUACCAACAGAUUCUAUUCUUUCAGGCUUGUAUAAACUUGUUUUAUCUCCAUUGUAUAAGAAUGAAUUAAAUUUAAAUUCGAUUUUUUAAA